UUUCACUAAAUCUUGGUUGCAUCGCGUCGUCCCGGCUUGCGACGAAAGUUCAAAAGAGAUAAAACACUGAAGAUGGUCUUCUGUAACCCCACCCCUUAGCGCCUUCGUUGGAGUAAUACCUAAUAAUUAGCGGGAAUAAUAACAUUGUUGGCGGUGGCGUACUUAUAUAUAAAAAAAAAGUUCUGUCACAGCGUUACAUUAACGGUUUGUUGUGUGCUGUGGUACCUAGUGUGGAUUAUUUGCACCAUGAGGGUUAUAGUGUUUCUAUCGGCGUUUCUGGCGGUGACUUGGGCUCGACCUCAGUAUGCAAGUGCAGGUCCACCGAGCAGUUAUAGCGCCCCUCCGUCUGGAGGUGGUGGUGGCGGUGGAUACGGGGCUCCAGCUCCAAGCUAUGGCGCUCCUGCUCAACCACCCAUUGUGCAAAAGCACGUGUACGUCCAUGUGCCACCCCCGGAACCUGACAACAGGCCAGCGCCCAAAAUAAUCCCGGUUCAGCCUGCAAGGAAACAUUACAAAAUCGUUUUCAUAAAGGCCCCAACUGCACCUCCACCAACGGUCCCAGUUAUUCCACCGCAGCCCCAAAACGAAGAAAAAACCCUUAUCUACGUGUUGGUCAAAAAACCGGAAGAAGCUCCAGAACUCAACAUUCCUACCCCCGCUCCCACUCAACCCAGCAAACCAGAAGUAUACUUCAUCCGAUACAAGACUCAGAAGGAAGAAGGUGGUGGUGGAGGCUACCCACCAAGUGGCGUUCCCCAAAGUCAGUACGGAGCUCCAUCGUCUUCUGGAGGAUACAACUAAUUCUCACUCAUCGAAGGACACUAAAAUAUUUAUACUCGCCAGUCUAGUUUUAAGCCAAGUUAGUUUCUAUGCUUACUUUAUUAUCAUAAAGAAUUACGGUGAUUUUUUUAAAAAUUUAACAUUAUUCUGUUGUUAUAGGUUUACAAUUGUUAUCUUUAGUUAUAAUUUAGAAUAUUAGUUAUAGCUUUUCGCAACGCUAAAAUGACUCAGUGACCCGUUCAAUG